UCCUUUAACUUACAGAGCCCCACAGCCUAUAACUGUCUACCUGGCUACUACCAUGACGAUAAAGGAUGUACCAAAUGCUCACAAUGCCCCGUGGGAUAUGGUUUAAAAAAUCCUUGCUCGAAAACAGAGGAUACUCAAUGCCAGCCCUGCAUCGAAGGGUAUGAUUAUUCAGAUACCAAUGGAUUCGACGAGUGUAUAGUGUGUGACACUUAUUCAAACUGUCUUCCUGGAAAACCCAAAUUGAUAAAGAAGUGUACAGUAUCCUCCCCACCCGAAUGCAAUGGAUGUGAGGAUGGAUACUAUAGCGAGGUCAAUGGCUGUGCGGAGUGCUCGUCUCCUUGUCGCACCGACGAGGAAGAAGUGCAAAAAUGCCUGACGGAGCAUGAUCGCAUUUGCAAACCGAGAGGUAUAGAUGCAGUGCCAAUAGCUUCGUCAAGUCCCACAACUUCAACUUCAAGAAUCAACUCGAUGGAGGUGAUAUCGAUGAGCACGAAACGGCAUACUGUUGUUCCGAAGACUGAAACCGAAAGGGUCAACACGGACGAGGUGCCGAUGGCUGAAAGGUCGUCUCAGGCACAGGGAACCCGGAACAAAUACCUGAAGAUUUUUAUCCCUGUGGGAGUUAUCAUCGUAGUAGCAAUCAUUUUAAUUUGUGCCUGUCGCAAAAUGCGCAAAGCAAGAAGGCGAAAAGCUAAUGAUCAAGACCUUCUGCCAUUUUUGCGAAAAGGAUUGGAUCGUUUCUUGAGACAACUCUCCAUCGAUGACAAAAAAAUGAUAUCCAGAGAAAUCAGUAACUCACGCCAAGGGUAUGCUGACUGGCGUGCUGUCUUGGAUAAAUUGAAUGACCCCGGUUUGCUUGAGGAAUCUAGGGGAUGGAAUGCAAGAGACGAAGAAAUAAAUAUCAAUAAAUUUCUAGCAGCAUAUGGUGAGAAGGAGGGUAGCACGGUUGCGGGAUUGAUUCAGGCCAUCAGAGAUGCUGGACUGGAGCUUUCUGCUGAGAAAUUGAAAAAAAAACUUGGUUCAGAUGGAGAUGGAUCAAGUGGUAAUACUGAUCAGUGAGAUAGAGGAAAUUGAAGAGGAUGCUCGCGUAUAAAAGGUUACUUUUCAACUAACAAAUAGAUGUUUCCAUAUGAUUGUUCACAGAAAUUUACCAACAAAGAUUUUUAGGUAGUUCAUAAGCACUCGUAUCCUUGGUAUUUCUAAUUAAUCGCCCUGAUGUAGUAAGCCUAGUGUCCGUACAGUUGUCUCCCUUCCAGAGUUAAUUACACAUGAAUUAGAGUCUGCUUGUUAAUUAGACAAAACUGAGCUAAGUAUCAGCACACUACUAUCAGUCGUCUAAUAGUUUUAAACCCAAAACAAAACCAUUCAUAAUGACUGCUUCGGUUCCAUACAUGAAGGUCGCCAAUUUGGUCUUAAAAUUCGUUAUCCUGUAGUAUUUCUUCUCGCCAGGGUGAUAGAACUAAAAAAAAAUUAACAUAACAAAAAAUGAAAAAAAAACUGCUAUUCUACUUAAGUAACCUUAGUUUGUUUUGUAUUCACUAGCUAAGUGACUUGUUGCAUGCACCCAAGGUGCAUUUGGAGCCAUAGCUUUUCCUUUUCCUUUUUUCCUAGAAUUUCUGUCUUUGUUUACAAUGUAGUAAUAGUCAGUGUUGCUUAAUUGAAGUAAGGUCUCAAGGUUCUGCUCUCACUUCAAUUUUUGACCCUCAAUUUUUAUCUCAUUUUUGACUCCCUCCUUUUUUAAUUAAUCCUUAGAAGAACAGCUAAAAUGGAAGCAUGUACAUAAGGGAUCAAUAUCAGUAUCUGGACAACUGCCAACUUACCCCUCC